UUGCUCCUCCCCUCCAGCAGGGGGCAGCGCUCUGAUUGGCUGACAGCUAACUGACGGCUGUGUUCAGUAAUCCAAGAUGUCUGCGCCCUGAAGGAUGCUGCUAGCGGCGUGAAGGUGCAGGACAAGUGACAGUGGAUGGAUUCUCAAUUGACUUGGAGGCAGAUUUAAGGAUUUCCAGAUAGACCAGGAUGUCAAAGAUCUCAAAGGCAGCCAAGGCUGUGAAGAAAUUGGAUGCAAGCAAUGUUAUCCGGGCGAUAGUGAGGUCAGGACAAGCAGCCCCUGGGCCCCCACUCGGCCCCAUCCUGGGACAGAGAGGAAUCCCCAUCGGCCAGUUCUGUAAGGACUUCAAUGAGAAGACGAAGGAGCUGAAGGAGGGAAUCCCUCUCCCGAUCAAGAUCCACGUGAAGCCCGACAGAACCUACGACCUGAAGAUCGGCCAGCCCACCGUGUCCUACUUUCUCAAGCAAGCAGCGGGCAUCGCGAAAGGUGCCGGAAAGACAGGCCAUGAGACGGCAGGGAUGGUGUCCGUGAGGGCGGUGUACGAGAUCGCGAGGGUGAAAGCCGAGGAUGACUGCUUCAAACUGAGGAACACCUCCAUGGAAAACAUCGUCAAAAGCAUCGCCGGCUCGGCCCGUUCGCUGGGAAUCAAGGUCGUCAAGGAUCUGUCGGCCGACGAGUACAAGAUCUUCCUGGAGCAGCGAGAGGAGAAGCUGAAAGCUGACGCCGCCGCGGCUGCGAGUGAAGCUCUGCUGGCGAAAAAGAAAUGAAGACUCGCAAAACACCCGAAAUCAGCGCCCUCAUUCCCUGUUUUUACUGACUGUGUUAAUGUUGUUUGAGUGAUAUUAAUAAACAGUUGUUAUGCGAA